AAAUUCAAGAAGGAGCGGGCGGGCGGGCAGGCGGGCGAGCGCGAGGGAGCGCGCGGCGGGCUUCUGGGAGCGUGCCCGAACUGCGGCGCUGCUCCAUUCGGCCGCCGAGCCCCGCGGAGCCCCUGAUCCGUGCAGCGCGGCUUCGGCGCGAGGCGGGUGCCUGCGACACUGCAGGGGUGGCGUAGCGGCUGGCAGUCCAGUUCCUGUGCUAGCCAACGGCGCGAGGCCGGCACUGGAGCAGCCAAGCAGAGGCAGAGACGGGAGUCGGACCCGCGGCCCCACGGAGGAACCCGGGUCCCCGUCACCUCAGGGAACAGCAUGGCCGUGGAUGUGACAGAAUAUCAUCUGAGCGUCAUCAAGAGCCCCCCUGGCUGGGAGGUGGGUGUCUACGCUGCCGGGGCCCUGGCACUGCUUGGAAUCGCGGCUGUGAGUCUGUGGAAGCUCUGGACAUCGGGGAGCUUCCCCAGCCCCUCUCCGUUCCCUAAUUAUGACUACAGGUACCUGCAGCAGAAGUAUGGAGAGGCCUACGUGGAGGCUAAGCUGAAGAGAGUCCCUCAAUGGAAUGCCCAACGGACCAACACUCAGGGACCAUCCAGCCGCAAAGGCAGCCUCAGUAUCGAGGACACCUUUGAGAGUAUCAGUGAACUGGGACGCCUGGAGCUGAUGGGUCGGGAACUGGACCUGGCCCCCUAUGGUACUCUCCGCAAGUCACAAUCGGCUGACUCUUUGAACUCCAUUUCCUCUGUGAGCAACACCUUUGGGCAGGAUUUCACACUGGGCCAGGUGGAGGUGAGCAUGGACUACGACGCAGCCUCCCACACCCUUCACGUGGCAGUGCUGCAAGGCAAGGACCUCCUGGAGCGCGAGGAGGCCACCUUCGAGUCCUGCUUCAUGCGCAUCAGUCUGCUGCCAGAUGAACAGAUCGUUGGCAUCUCCAGGAUCCAGAGGAAUACCUACUCCAUCUUCUUCGAUGAGAAGUUCUCUGUCCCCCUGGAUCCCGCAGCCUUGGAGGAGAAGAGCCUCCGAUUCUCUGUGUUCGGCAUUGAUGAGGACGAGCGGAACGUGAGCACUGGAGUGGUGGAGCUGAAGCUGUCUGUGCUGGACCUCCCGCUGCAGCCCUUCAGCGGCUGGCUGUACUUACAGGACCAGAAUAAGGCUGCUGAUGCUGUGGGAGAGAUCCUGCUGUCCCUCAGUUACCUGCCCACAGCCGAGCGUCUGACUGUGGUUGUGGUAAAAGCCAAGAAUCUUAUCUGGACCAACGACAAGACCACAGCAGACCCCUUCGUCAAAGUAUACCUGCUGCAGGAUGGGAGGAAGAUGAGCAAGAAGAAGACGGCAGUGAAGAGGGAUGACCCCAACCCAGUGUUCAACGAAGCCAUGAUCUUCUCGGUACCAGCCAUUGUGCUCCAGGACCUGUCUCUCCGAGUGACCGUGGCUGAGAGCAGCAGUGAUGGCCGUGGGGACAACGUGGGACAUGUCAUCAUUGGUCCAGCGGCCAGUGGCAUGGGCACCACACACUGGAACCAGAUGCUGGCCACACUGCGCAGGCCUGUGUCCAUGUGGCACCCAGUCCGGCGAAACUAGCAGCCAAAGCAGGCCAAAUGGGCAGCAGAGCUGUCGGAGCCUGGCACCAUCUCAGUUCUACCCAGCGAUGCCCUCUCUAUAGUCAGCUGGAGCUGUCGACACCGGGGCCGCCUCACCUCCUAGGGGGUCCUUAUCAGUCAUCUUGGAUCCUCUGUCCAGACUGUCAUGGAGGAAUGGGUGUGGCUCUUCACCUGGAGACCUAGGGUAAUUUCCCCACUAAGGACUACCUGGAGCUGGCUGGGGACCCAGCAGACUGACCAAGUGUGUACUAGGGAGCCUAAUGAAGUAUGUCCCUUAGCCUGCAGAGGCACAUGGGUUUCAGAGCUGGUCAACACCCCUUCUGUGAUUCUCUUAAGCUGUUAAGAAGUCUUGGGGGGCUAGUCCCUGUACUGACAGGACUAAUGUUAACAAAGUCAAGAGGGCCCCUUUCCCAUCCUGGUGGAUAGCUCAGUUCUGAUCAAGUGACUGCCCAGCCAGAUGGACUUGGGAAGGAGCCCUCGGGUCUGGGGGAACAGGGAGAAUCUCUCAGACAAGAAAGAAGCUGCACUUUGAGGGUUUGGGAGUAAAUAGCAUCCACAUUUAGAAGGGGUGUAGUAGGUUGUAGUGAACAGUCAAACAAUAGAAGGGACGGGACACAAGCUAGCCCAUUCUAAACACAGACUCUACCUACUGCAAUGGGGACAAGAAAAGGCCAGGAGACCAGGCCCAGCAGAAGCCUGUAGGCCACAUGACCCUCCACCCCUGAGAGAACCAGACGUCCCCAGGGGCCCAGAUCCACCAGUGUUAGCUGGUGUCCCUCCAGGCCAGGCCUCUCUCAAAGGAAAGCUCUCAGGCAGGCCUAAACCCAACCCUAGGAAUAGUGGGCAUCUUAGGUCAAGUUCCCAACACAGACUUCAGGGAUAGUUAGCGUAGGCUGGAGCCAGUAGGAACUCUGAGGAAAUGGUGUUCAGAAGGCAAGGGCCAGGUUGUACAACCACUAUCAAAAUCGUUCAUUGGCUCCCACCUGGCCAUAGUUAGCAGGGGUAUCACCCCCCCCCCCAGAUUUCAUAAAUGUCAUUUGAUAAUGGCAGUCCCAGAGAAGGGGUGGCUUUUGGCUUCUCUCUGGUACCUGCAGAUUUAAAAGGAUAGUGGGCAUGGGAAGUGAUAAGACAAGGACUCAGGUGGCUGCCUCUGGUCCUUGGCCCUAAGGAAUCAUGGAUACCCAGGAAACAUGGAGACCCAGGUCUAAUCAGUUACCACGUAUGACAAGGGGAGGGGUGGCUAGAACAGGAACACACAGGAACAGGCCUGGACGUCGGACACCUGCUGUAACCGGACCCGACUGAAGCCAGGCUUCUCAGCCUGGGGCCAGUAUCAAGAGGUAAAUACUGGACCAGGGAUACUGGUGGCUGGGCCAGGCAUUGUCAUCUGGAAGCCCCGGACCCUCUCUAAGCCAGUGGCUUUGCAGGGCAGAACACAUCUCUCAACCUCCAUUCCCUUGUUCCUUCCUUCUAUACUGCAUGAGACGUUGACCGUGUGCCCGGGUGGCUGUGGUGCUGACCAAGAAUGCUGACUAGAAUGAUUCUCAAACCAAAAUAAAGCUGGAGCAGAAGGGGGCUUACAGGGAGCCCUGCUCAGCCUAGAGUCAUCUCCCUGUCUUCACUGGGAACCUUGGGCCCCACAGGGGUCCUGUGAGAUCCCCAGUCCCAGUCCCGGUAGGGAAAGGUGGGCAUGGGGAAAUCACGGAAGGCUUCCCAGUGGUGGCACAUAGUUGAGCAUUAAGUAUGUAAGGCAGGAAAAGCAUUUCGAGUAGAGACACAAUGGGCAGAGUUCCCCUGCCUUGCUAGCUCAGGGGAGGGAACCAAAGAUCAGAGAGGCAGAGCAUAGGCCAUAGAGGGAUAAAGGGCCUUCCUUACAAGGUCAUCGAGAACUGAUUCUCAGUCUGCAGUCGAGCAGCCCUCAAAGGCAGCAACUGUGGCAUUCCAUCUGUAGAGAUGUAGAAACCAGAGCCCAGAGAAGUUAAGUAACUGGCCUAAGAUCACACAGCCAGAAAGUCACCAAGUUAUGAUUCAAGUUGGGGCAUUAUGGUUCAAGAAUCCAUGCUCUCGAACCUGAGGACACACUGCCUUUUUUCCAAUUCCUCAGAAGUCACUGAAGGGCAGCUGAAAACUUUCUGGAUCCCAACAUAGUCCUCUCCUUCCUUUUUCCUGGGAGUUCCGGAGCUAGAUAAUAAUCCAGUGUCUUAGCAAGGGGUAGGUGGGGCAGGCCUGCUUAUAUGCUUUGUGUACAUUGUAUGGCAUUCUCAAGAACAAAGACAUUUUUGGUGGCUUCCCCUAUCCCAGGAUUUCUCUGUGUAGCUCUGGCUGUCCUGGAACUUAUUCUGUAGACCAGGCUGGCCUCAGACUCAGUGAUCUGCCUGCCUCUGCCUCCCAAGUGCCGGGAUUAAAGGCAAUAAGCUACCACCACUGCCAUCACCAACCGAUUUAAGAAUAAAGAACAUUUUAAAUUCCUAGCAUCCACCCCCAGUAGACCACAGGGCACAACUGGGGACCCUUGUCUGGAGAACCACAGCGUGGCAGAGACUUGAGAGACUGAGGGAGAUGGGCUGUGGAGCCUCCCAGCAAUCCCAGUGAGGUUCCCUUUUCCAGAGGUUUCCUCCCGCCUCCCUCUGCUGGCGGGAGGGAACCUGGAAAAGGCUCUGAGCAACAGCAGGCCCAGGUUGGGGUUGAGGACCCAGAAGGGAAAGGAAGCAGCAUAGUUCUAGGCAGAGAGGCACAAGCAGGGCAGGCAGGUGGCUCAGUUAUCUCUAGGUUUGGGGUUCAUUAAAGAGUUUUCAAAAUGACUGGAGAAAUGGCUCAGAGGUUGAGAGCACUUGCUGCUCUAACAAAGGACCCAGGUUCAGUUUCAAGUACCCACAGAGCAGGCUCACAACAGUCUGCAACUCCUCCACUUCCAGAGGCUCUAGAGCCCUUUGUUCUCUAGGCCAUGCAUGUGCUUCACUUACAUACACACACAGGCAAGACACUAAUACACACAAAAAUAGAAACAGAUAAAACCUCAGAGGCACUACUGGAGAGAAGCAGGGUGGCUGCGGCUGGCAGAGGCGUGUCCUGCCCCCAUCUUCUUUCAUGACUCUCUUCACCUGUCUCCACCCCUUUGGACACCUUCCCUGGGCGCCCCUCCUUUCCCACUCUUUCCGGUCCCCUUUUCCUCGCACCCAGUCUAUGGGCCUGCCUUCAGCGUCCUGGGCCCCUCUCUCUGAGGACUUACCCAAGAGGAAAGUGUUGCCGUGCUGGAGGCUGGCCUGCCUAUAGCAAGGGGGGAUGAGUUCUUUGGUACCCACUGAUGACAGCAGCUCUUACCUCUUCCUCCUUUCCCCUGCCUGAGCCCAUCCUUCUGUGUCUGCAGAUACCCAGAGCGAGUUAAUUAGGGGGCUUUUAUGACCCCUGAGAUGGGGCCGUAGAGCUCCCCUCCCUCUUCAGUUCACCCAGUUGCUGGUUCACCCUUCCUAGCGGGGAAAGCCCAGCAGUAGCAAGAUUCUAACCAGGAGGUCCAUGCAGUUGAGGGAGCUGGACUUCCCAUAGAAGGAUGAUUGGGAGGGGGCACCUUCUGGGUUCUACUGUGCAUAGGCCUGGGUCUGCUUGCUUCUCUGCUGUAUGAAAAGUUACUUCUACUCUCAGGGCCUCAGUUUCUCCAACUGAAAAAUGAAGAGUGUUGGACAAGUUGCCCCAUAAAA